AUGCUCCACGCAAGGCGUGCUGUCGUCUGCCUUGCUGUGGCGACCCUCCUUAGUCUGUUGAUUUACUAUCGCUCGGCCAGUGCUUCCAUCACAGUCAACUCCUUGCGCAGCACCGUUCCUCAGGUCAUUGGUCUGGGAGACUAUUUCAAUACUGCGGACAAGGAUGUCGGGUCACAGAAUUCAACCACCUCACAGCCAGAGUAUCCUCAUGCCUCGAAACCACCAGCUGAUGCCGGACCAUCCGAGUCGGGAGGCUCAGUUGUUCCGACGAGCAGACCUCCCAAAGCGAACUUCACUCGGAGUCUGGUCAUGGCACGGACGAUGAAGGAAAGUGUCGAGUGGUUAGAUGAAGUGGACCUGGGCCCGGGCAUCACCAAGCAGAUAUAUGUCGCCGACGAUCCAAAUGCUCCUUUGCAUACCCCCAAAAACAAAGGCCACGAAGUCAUGGUCUAUCUGACAUACAUCCUGGACAACUACGACAACCUGCCCGAUGUCAGUAUUUUCAUGCACGCGCAUCGCUACGCCUGGCAUAACGACGACCUGUUGAACUUCGACGCCUCGGAAAUGAUCCAACGGCUCAGCAGUGAGCGGGUGCAGCGACAGGGAUACAUGAAUAUGCGCUGCCACUGGAUGCCUGGCUGUCCGGAAUGGAUUCAUCCCGGCCAAAUCGAAGAAGAUCGAGAAAAACUGGAGCAAUCCCUGAUGGCGGAUGCCUGGGCCGAGCUGUUCCCGCUCAAACCUAUCCCCAAUGUCCUAGCUCAACCCUGCUGUUCUCAAUUCGCAUUGAGUCGCGACAAGAUCCGGGAGCAGCCACGAGAGCGGUACUUGCAUUUUCGAGAUUGGCUCUUGAGGUCUCAGAUCAGGGAUACAAUGAGUGGUAGAAUCUUCGAGUACCUCUGGCAAGUGAUAUUCACCGAUGAAAGCACCUUCUGUCCCAACCAACGCACCUGCUACUGUGACGGGUUCGGCGUCUGUUUCGAGUCCGAGGAAACCUUCGACAAAUGGUUCGAGAUCAGGCAUCACAUGAGAAACGCCGAGACCGAGCUUCGUGAGUGGGAAGACAAGGCCAAAGAGAUUGAGGCUUACCGAAAAGAUGGCAAGCUGCAAGGAAUCGAGGCGGGAGAUGUACAGGUUCCGGCAUUUGGGCAGAAAGAGCAGUUGGCCACGCUCAUUCGAGAGCUGUCGGCAGACCUCGAACACAGGAGAACGGAAGCCAUCCAGAGAGGGACUGACGCCAAAAUCCGAGCGGAAAGCGAUGGACGCACUUGGAAAGAGGGCGAUGGCUAUUGA